UCUCACAUGGUGCUAAAAUCUUGGGAUCUCAGAGAUACAGAUUGAAAAUGCAAGCCGUACUGGAUAAAAUUGUAGGAGCAAUAGUUGAGCCAGUGAUCCAGUUAGUAGUGGUCCAUGUUGGUUUUGUUUUUCAGUACAAGAAGAAGCUGAGGAACCUGGAAGAUGAAAUUGAAAAGCUUGAAAGGCAGAAAACAAAAAUCGAAGAAGAAGUUGGUGAAGCCAUUACUCAUGGUGAAGAAGUUAAUAAAGAUGUUUCAAAAUGGCUUGAGGACGUGGAAAAAAUAGUUCAGAAAAUUAAGGAUGACAAUACUAUGAACGAAAACAGGCAGUGCUUUAAAUUCUCAUGUCCAGAUUACAUCUCGCGCUACCGAAUGAGCAAGGAAGCUGAAAACAAGAUUGAAGAAGUAAAAAAUCUCACUCAGAGUGGCAAUUUUAGCCCAGAUGUACUUAGUAAGAAAAACGAAAAAGAAAAACAGAAAAAAAAGAAGAAAAAAAAAGAAAAAAAAGCAAAAGUGGAAUGAAAAUAUGUACCCCGCAAACCGUACCAGGUACAAUUGUAGGCAAAAUAGUUGAGCCAGUGAUCCAGUUAGUGGUGGUCCAUGUUGGUUUUCUUUUUCAGUACAAGAAGAAGCUGAGGAACCUGGAAGAUGAAAUUGAAAACCUUGAAAGGCAGAAAACAAAAAUCGAAGAAGAAGUUGGUGAAGACGUUACUGUAGCUGUUUCAGAAUGGCUAGCGGAGGUGGAAAAAAUAGUUCAGAAAAUUAAGGAUGACAAUACUAUGAACGAAAACAGGCAGUGCUUUAAAAUCUCAUGUCCAGAUUACAUCUCGCGCUACCGAAUGAGCAAGGAAGCUGAAAACAAGAUUGAAGAAGUAAAAAAUCUCACUCAGAGUGGCAAUUUUAGCCCAGAUGUACAUAGUAAGAAAAACGAAAAAGAAAAACAGAAAAAAAAGAAGAAAAAAAAAGAAAAAAAAGCAAAAGUGGAAUGAAAAUAUGUA